GCGGACAGUAUUCAUACACAGAGCUUAAUGGAGAACUAAAAGGCAAAUGGCCCGCAAGGCAGUUUGUGUUUUGGAUUAGCUCAGUGAAAGUAGCAGUCUUGUGGAAAUGCAUUUCCUCCCGUAGCUGUGGUCGUAAAGAAAGAGCAGACAACGAGGAGAAAGAAAAGCUGAAGAGUGUGAGGGAGCAGUGGGAUCAAAGUGCUCACCGCUCUGGAAUUCUAACAAGAUGCCUGAGGUUAGGGACCUUUCUGAAGCUUUGCCAGAGAUGCCCAUGGAUCCCAUCACUGGUGUGGGGGUGGUCGCCUCCAGGAACAGGGCACCCACUGGAUACGAUGUGGUCUCUACAACAACAGAUGGUCUGGAUGCUGACCUGUGGAAAGAUGGUCUUUUUAAAUCCAAGGUGACGCGAUACCUUUGCUUUACCCGAGUCUUUUCAAAAGAAAAUAGCCAUUUAGGUAAUGUUCUUGUGGACAUGAAGCUGAUUGAUAUCAAGGACACCCUGCCUGUAGGCUUCAUCCCAAUCCAGGAGACUGUUGACACGCAGGAGCAGGCCUUCAGGAAGAGACGGCUCUGUAUCAAGUUUAUUCCACGGGACUCGACAGAAGCAGCCAUCUGCGACAUUCGCAUCCUUGGACGAUCUAAGCAGGCUCCGCCACAGUACACCUUUAUUGGAGAGCUCAACAAUAUGGGAAUUUGGUAUCGCAUGGGGAAUGUCCCUCGGGCCCAGGACUCCACACAUACACCAACCAGCAACACCCAGAAUGUCAACUCUACCACCACUUCAGUCCCAACCCCAACCGCUCUUAUGCCCAAGCAUAUAUCCAUGACUCUCCCAGCCAGCUUCAGAGGCAAGAACACUACCAGACCAGAUUAUGAGCACCAGAACUCUAACCUAUACGCCAUCUCAGCAAUGGAUGGGGUGCCUUUCAUGAUCUCUGAGAAGUUUGCCUGUGCCUCAUCUGAUCUGCAGCAAGUGAAUCUGAUGGGUAUUACAAUCAAGUCUCUGGCUGAGAUUGAGAAAGAAUAUGAUUACAGUUUCCGCACAGAGCACAGUGCAGCAGCCCGCCUCCCACCAAGUCCUACACGGACAUCUCUGAGCUCCGAGGCAUGAGAAACUCCACAACCAACCCUGUGACAUCGCCUCUUUCCUGUGGCCACUACAGCUGGAGGAGAGACCUGUACAUAACUACUGACAGCGAGCCCACACGAACAACAACAGACUCAUGGAAAUGAAAAAGAAGCCAUUUACUUCCACUCUGAUCUUCAUCCUUCCUCUCAAAAACAACACAGUGUAAGGUGACAUAUGGAAUGAAAAACAACAAGAAACACUCAUUCAUUUUUCAGAGUAUGUUUGGUCUUUCUUUCUCUGUUAUGUUGCUGUUCUGCUGAAAUGACAAAAAAAAGGAACUGUUACAUUUGAAGGGGCAAUUGAAAAUAUGCAAAGAAUGAACCACUAAGGCUGAAGGACUUCAUGGGUCUGAUGGAGACCACUGCACACUUGGGUUUUAAAAUUGGAUGGGAUCAUCCAUUGUUGGACAAAGCAGACCUUUCAUGCCCAAAGGGAUGGAAGGGAAACUCACUCAUUCACUCCGUAAACCAGAGUGAUAUAAAGUACUUUUCUGUCCUUCUCUUCUUUUAAAGGAUUUGUGAAGUUGUGUUUCAUAUAGCAUACACAAACCUCCUUCAUCUAAAAGAACUGUAAUUUUUGAAAAUGGAUGUUUGUGUGAAGAAUGACAGCUACAACUUUGGUUUUUGAAAUGGGCUGAUGGCAUUCAUUUUUCCUUCCUUGCUCAUUAGAUACCUGCUGGUCUCUUAAUGGUCUAAGUACCCCAACUCAAGGCACCAGUAGGGGGAAAGUAAAUCAUAACAUUUCAUGGGGAAAAAAGGAAAAACAUCUUGGCAUUUUGUCUUGCAACAUUUACUGAGCGUCAUAGCAGGGAAUGAUUUUUUGUUUUCUUCUUAUUGUAGUGUACUGGUGUUGUGAGUUUACUUUUUGUUAUUUCAGUGUGCUAGCUAGCCUCCCUAUCACUGUCUCUUUGUAUGUGCCAGCACCUUGGAUUAAAAACAGACCCACCAGUACUGUUCAAAGUUAAGUAAGACUUUCCAGGACACGUCCAUAGAGAACAUGUAGUAUUAAUGUUUUCUGUGUCAUCAUCUGAAGAUAAUGAUAAGUUCCUAUGCAGAGAUAACAAAAGUUAUCUUCCAGAGAUAAGCUGUUAUCUGUAUUUAACAAGUUAUCUCAAGAUCCAAUCCAAUCCAACUUUAUUUAUAAAGCGCUUUUAAGAACCACAGGGGCCAAAGUGCUGUACAGUAAAAUAAAUAAAUGAGUAAAAACAGCAUAAUAGGAAAUAUAAAACAAAUCCAACCUAAAAUAAAUUUAAAAUAAAGUAAAAUACACAGCUAAGACAAUGCAAAAAUAUGCGUACAUAUAAACAUAAAAAUAUAAAAUCAGUAUCUUACACAGUGUGGAAAGCCAAGGAAAAAAGGUGGGUUUUAAGAAGACCUUUAAAAACAGACAGUGAAGAGGCCUGCCUAAUGUGCAGUGGUAAAUUGUUCCAAAGUUUUGGAGCUGCAGCAGAAAAAGCAUGGUCCCCUCUGUGCUUUAGCCUGGUCUUAGCCACCGUCAUAAAAGGGCAUAAAAGGAUGGUGCAGCUCAGAGAGGUAGGACUGGGCAAGACCAUUAAGAGCUUUAAAAGCAAAUAAAAGGAUUUUAAAAUGGAUCCUAAAAUGUACAGGCAGUCAGUGCAGUGAGGCUAAAAUCGGUGAAAUGUGCUCAUGCUUGCGUGUGCCAGUUAAAAGACGCGCAGCGGCAGUUUGCACCAACUGAAGACACGCAAUGGAGGAACCACUAACCCCCACAUAAAGUGCACUGCAGUAAUCCAGCCAAGUGGUGACAAAGGCGUGGAUUACUGCCUCAAAGUGCUGCCUCUGCAGAACUGGCUUGAUUUUGGCCAGCUGCCUCAACUGGAAAAAGCUCUACUCCUAAUGUCUUUACUGCAUUUACCUGGCUGUCGAGCUUAAAAUCAGAGCCGACUAAAUCCCGUAAAUUUUUGAUUGUGGGUUUGACAUGCUGGGCCAGAUAACCCAGAUCAACAAGGGGGGUGACAGAGGAGCCACCAAAAACCAUCACUUCAGUCUUUUCCUUAUUAAAGUUUAGGAAGUUAAAAGCCAUCCAGUCGUUUAUGUCAUCAAGACACAAGCAGUGGUUUGCAGAGUUAUUCUUUUUAAGAGGCACAUAGAUUUGGCUGUCAUCUGCAUAAUAGUGGAAAGAAAUGACAUGUUUCCUUAAUAUGGAACCUGUGUUCUUUAUUUUGAAAAAAUGUUUUUGACAUGAAAUGCAAGUGUGGAAGCAGUUAAGCUGCAGAGAUGUCAACAAUCAUUGAAAACAAAGUAUAAAUAGUAUGGAACCAAGCGGCAACAAAUAGAGGGAGAAAAGAAGAGUAUCUAGAACUGAGCCUUGUGGUACCCCACACGAGAGAGGAGCAAUGGAGGACACAGUCACCAAGGCUGACACAGAAUGUCAACUGGGAUAAGUAGGACCUGAGCCAUUCCAGUGCUGUGCCACUGAUGCCCACUCACUGCUCCAAACAAGAGCACAGCUCUUAACAUAACAGCUUACUUCUAGGAAACAACUUUUAUCUAGAGGAAUAAGUUUGUUGUUUGUUGCUGUUUUUCCCCGGAAAAACAGUUUUGUUAUCAGGAGAUACCAAAACAGAGAAAAAUAAUACAUGUCCUCUACGCACGUCCAUAUUGGUAAGAUUGCUGAACUACUUUUACUCCUGUUCUCACAACCAGUUAUUAGUUGUUUCUGAUGUGUUUUACAUUAUCACAAUGAUUUGUGAACGCUGUUCAUUUUUUAUUCAUAAUGUUAUGUAUCAGUUUGCAACACUGCUUUAUUUUAAAUGCAGGUUAGCAAGUGGAGCCCUGACUGUUUCAGAUGCUAGUAAAAAGUAUACAUUGUCUUGUCUUCAUUAGAUUACUUUUCUAAGCACCAUGAUUCACAAACAAAACAGAUGUUUGUAAUGUCCUGAGUAUUUUCUACAAAUAAUAGGCCUUUCUUUGUUAUAAAUGUGUUAUAAAUGUGAACAACUGUGGUCAAACAGAUAUGCUUUUUUAUCGCUUAAUUUCAAUACAGUUAAAUGCAACAGAUCUUUCUGGCAACUGUGUAUUUAAGGCACAUUGUUACUGUUGGAAAUUUUUGUUUCAGAAAUGUUUUCCCUCUUAGGUAACAAUGUUUUCAGUAAACCAAGUCUCCUUUACUGUGAAGGUGCUUGUCAGCAUUUUGAAUUUUGGAUUGUAACUUGAAGAAUGCUAAGUCUAAAACAUUUUGAGAGCGACUGAAAACCUCAAGUGUCAAGAAAAAUAUCCAAUUACAAUUUUAAUGUCAGAGUUAACAUCCUUAAAUAAGUAUUUCAUCUAACAGUAUAUCUCUACCUUGUACACAUAGCACAACCGAUCAAGAUCGAGAUUGGGGUUUACUUACUCUUUAAUGAACACUCUGAAAGCAUGCAUCAAUACAGUCUUUAACUCCUGACCUUCAUUACAACCAGCCAUCAGUUCAUCUUGCUUUGCUCUUACAUACCUUCAGGCUCUGCGUUUUUUUUUUUUGUUUUUUUUGUUUUUUUGUUUUUUCCUACCUCUGAUCAUUCAAAAACACCAAAGGUUAUUCAAGAACAUUGGUGAAGUUUAUUAGCCCUGUCCCAACAUCAACGUCCAACUUUUUUUUUUUUUUUUUUUGCAAUAGUUUAUAUGCCUUCUUUGUUUAGGAAAAUGUUGAAAAUUUGUCUUUACAAUGCCUCUCUACAUUAUCAACAACUCUUAAAUGCAUGGAUUAACCACUUGUACUCUGUUCUUGUUUUUUGUAAUUUAUUAGUCCUUUCAGUAUUGUGACCAUUUUGUCUCCAAUGCUCUCUAUUGUGUUUCAGAAAUGAGAAAUGAUUGUAAUAUGUAACAUUUAAAUCGUUUCUCAGUUGCACUGCUGACAAUACAUAUUUUCACUUGUUUCCUGGGGGUGAAAAGAUAAAUGCCCAUCUAUAACAGAUGCUCUCAUGCCAGUGUGUGCUUGAUCUGGUUGUAAAGUCAGUGUAUCUGCCUGCUCUGUGAUAAGCUACAUCUGUAUUAUUUCUCAACUGUGGUGUUUACCUCCAGUUUUAAUGAAAUAUUUUGUCGCAAAUUAAUAUGGUUUAUGUCUGUAUUAACAAACAAUAACAAUCCUAAA